AUGUCACGUUCCAACUUUGCGCGCUCACAGAGCAAAGUUUGGUUUGGCAAUGAACCGGACUGUGGACAGUACGGGGGGUUCCGGCCCUAUGGCUAUCAGUUUCACAGUGGACCAAUGUCACGACCAUCCUACCCUGCGUUCGACGAUCUCGAAGAGGAGGACGAGCUGAUCGAAGAGCAGGCAACGAAUGCGAAAAGCGCCACCGGUGCCACCAGCUGGGCUGAAACAAACCGCCAGGGAAGCCCAGCCAGUCACAAAAGUCAAGACUCGGGGUUUUCGGACACGGAAACGUCCCUUAAUGCGGGCCGUGGUAGCCUGGCGAAACGGGGCAACAUAAACGAUAGCCAGUCGUCUUCCGCCGAUAAGCUUACACCAAAGAGAAGCGUCAAUGAGGAACUGUUUGCACGGUCACCUUCGCUCAACAGUAGCGCACCAACACCACCGACAGUCAUCCGGAGGCCCGCACCGGUACCGGUAUGUGAGGUCGAUGGAACGGUUGCGGCAGGAAGGCGUUUAUCUUAUGGUGAAUCGACCGAUCCGCAUGGAUCGGAAAGUCCUCGGAGUGUGUCACUAAAGCGGGGACGUGUUAUAACGAAAAACAGCCGUGUGAAGCGUAAUCUCAGUGAGCAGUUGAGCAGUUCUAACGAGGAGAUGAUCUCAUUGGACAGCAGUGAGCUGUCGAAUAUUCUUAAUCGAACGAUACACGACAAAGAGGUGGAAGCGGCGUCCAAUUCGGAUGCAAACAAUAACACUGUGAAGGGCGAACCUGUAGAGCUUCCAACGUAUUCCGAACUCUAUCCGACCCGUGGUACCUCGACACCCAUCCGUGGACAGGCAAAGCUGUAUCGAUCGUUACCCCUGUCGCCGGGACAUAGGGCACCACCCGUACGACCGAUCGCAGCACCAUCGGGGACGGAUAAUUUCUACGACGAACCGAGCAACAACACCUCCAGCACCGUGAGCGAUCAUGCGCUAUACUACACGAUCUACGACAAUCCGCUGCUGAACGGUCAUCAACCGGCGGUACAGGGUUGGCUCGAUGGAUUGCGGUUUUCGUGCCAAAGUGAGGUGAUGUCGAUACUACAGACCAAAUCGAUAGCGACCGAAGCGGGACGAUCACUAAAGCUAACCUCCACAGUGGCGGUAAAGAUACUGCGCCAUCUGCAGGGUAAAGUGGCAACUCUGCAGGGAACGUUCGAGCGAGUGGAGAAACUGUUUGCCGCUAUCAGGAAGUACCAAACGCAACAGGAUAAGGAUGGUGAAUAUGAAGAGGACGAAGAGGACGAGAAGGAGAUCUACCAGAAGGUGGCUCCGUUCGUGCAUGGACUCGCGACCGACAUCGAUGCGUUCUUGCGCAAACAGCAAGGUACGGAUUACUUCGGGCGUGAGUCUUCCGAACGUGAAGAUCGCAGGAAAUUUGCGGAGAAUGCACGGGCGUUGGCGGAUAUGUUGGGAGAUUUGCGAGCAGCUACGUCCAGUACUGAUACGUUCGACUACCGGUCCGUAGAAGAGGAGAUUCAGAUCGUGAAACGAUACUUCCUCAUUACGGUGCGACUGAUCUUCAAACACCUGGUGCGAGUAAUCGUCGACGCUGUUGAAGGCGCCCGGUGUGAGCUGAUCCUACGCUCCAAUCUCAGCUACGUGGCCAGUCUCUCCAAUUUGGACUACGGUGGGUUAGCCUCGCUGAACGAUGCGUUUAUAGCGAACGGUACUGUCCGUGUGUUGCUGCUGGUGUGCGUCGAAUCGAAGCUUUCGUCCGUACGAGCCCUGGCCCUUCGGGCACUGGCGACCGUCUGCUCCACGACGGAAACCAUACGCCAGCUUGAACGAGCCGACGGUCUGGAGGUGCUGCGGGACAUCCUAGCAGCGGGUGAUACGGACCGGACCGAACCGGAGCUUCGGGAGGCAGUCUCGGUGUUGACGCAGAUUAGCGCUCCUUGGCACGGCGAAGAGCAUCGGCUCGAGGGUCUGAAGCAGUUCGUCCAUGCCAUCGUCGAAGCAAUUACCGAGAUCAUCGAGAAGACAAACUGCUGCCAAACGUUGCUGCUCUGCUCGGCCAGCCUGAACAACAUGACGCGCAUUGAACCGACGGCCGUGUACUCGGUGAUGUCACAGGAUGCGGUCGAUAAGCUGAGAAUAGCCACCGAACAGCGUGGUCCCGGUGCAUCCAUCUUUCUCUACGAACAAUUUACGUCGACGCUGUACAACAUGUCAGCUAACUGGAAGUGCCAUCAUCAUCUAGCCAACCGGUCCCUGCUCGCCUUCCUCGUAACGGUGCUCAGUCAAAAGUUCCACGAACGGCUGCCGAGCGGCGUGGAGUCGGAGGCACAGCGCAAGACGAUACGGAACAUUCUUCACGUGCUGUCGCGGUUACUGUCCGGCGGAAGCCUAUCGUCUGGCGCAUCACUCGAACUGAUCGAAACAACGGUUGGGCCGGCGUUGGCACGUAUCGAACGUACGCUGGAUGGGAACAGUGAACAUUAUCAGGACAUCUCGUACGUCAGCCGACGGUGUAGCGAAAAUCUUACCACGCGGCCACCGCAACACCCGAAGGAAGGCGGUGUUGCUGCCGACGGUGGAUCGGGCACCGCACUAGCCGCACCACACAUUACCCGGCUCACCAUCCACCGGGAUCCGGUUAAUGGACCGGUGAUGGUGUUGGACAAAAACCGACAGGAGAGUUACGUCUGA